AUGAAUCAGGUCAAUGAUCAAAAUAAAACAUUAGAUAAUACCACAGCGAGUUGUACUGAAGAAGCAACAGUACAAUCGAAUACGAAUACUUCAACUUCUUCUAAAUCAUCACGUCUACCAAAGAUCUAUACUCGCACUGGUGAUCAAGGCACAUCUACUCUACUAGGUUCUAGUGCAAAUCACUUAUCAAAAGAUUCAUUAGUAUUUGAUGUUCUUGGUACGAUUGAUGAGUUAUCAUCAACAAUCGGUAUUGUUCGAUCAACUUGUUCUUUUCCUUUAAUAAUAAAAGAACUCGAAACUAUUCAACAUUGUUUUUUUGAGAUGGGCUCAUGUGUGGCUGCAAAUAAUCGUUCACCUCGUUUUGUAUUUAAUGAUGCAACAUUGAUUACCAAUCUGGAAGAACAAAUCGAUAAAAUGACUGAAGAAUUACCAGAACUACGUCAUUUUAUUUUGCCUGGUGGGCCAAGUCAAACAGCAUCUUAUCUUCAUUUGGCUCGAGCUGUUUGUCGUCGAUGUGAACGUUUAUUAACUAAGUGGUUAAAUGAACAAAUCGAAGACGAACAGCCACAACAAGAUACAAUCAUGGGUAUUUAUUUGAACAGACUUAGUGACUAUUUAUUUACAUUAGCACGAUAUGUAGCAUACAAAGAGGGACAUGAAGAUAUUAUAUAUCAUAAAAGCAAAUAA